UCAAUUCGGCUACAAGAUCGGAAAGCACCGUGGUCAUUAAAGGAUCACAUUUGGAAGAAAUGGAAUACACUAUAAAGAACACAUCUAGAAAGUAAUUCCCCAUGUAUUAAAUGGUGUUUGUUGUGGUGGGAAUCUAGGUGGACUGACUCUUGUCCUCCUACCUAGCCCUACACGUACAAAACAUAAUGCGAUAGAAUCAUUACCACAAACAAUAGCAAAAUUUGUGUCUGCUGUUCAGUAAUAUUGACGGCAAAAGUUGCGUCUCAAAAUCAACAACCAGCACCAUCAUUGAGGAAGUGCACACUCGUGACCCGGAAAAACCUUGAUAUAUUUAACAAUCGAACAAUAACCAAGAAAAACGUGUGAAAGUAAACCAGCCGAAAAGUGGUAAAACAGUAGUUUCACCGAGAUGUUUAUAUACCCACGAAUUAUAUACACUCGUAUAUCACUAAAUUUGCUGAUAUGGAGGCCCUUAUUACUGUUCUCACUUCCACGUUCACUUUCACUUCAUCGACACGUCACUUCACUUUUUUUACUUAUUACCGUUGUCACCGACAGUGAAGUGAUGAAAAUGAACACCGUGAAGUGAGAGUGACAGUGAGGUGAUGUUCGGAAUAACCAUUAUACGUGAUGUUCAUAAUUGCCUGCUCUGUCAAUCUGUUUUGCUUUGCUCAGAAAAAUAUCGACGGAAAAGGAUUAAAAUGAGUGUUGGAUUGUGGUUUGAUACCGAUAGUGAAGACGAGGAGGAUUAUACCGACCUGGCAGCGGAACGUAGACGGAUAAGAGAUAAAUCAAAUCCGCUGGAUCAAACUGAAAAAUCAUUCAUUCAAUUCUUCAGGAUUUCUAAGGAUAUUUUUAAAUAUUUAUUGGAUAUUAUCGAUACUAAAAUCAACCCUGUUUAACAAUCUAUGUCGGUUCCUCCAAUGAUUAUGCUGACAGCCUUUUUUCCUUUUUUAUUUCGACUAUAAGGGAACUAUCAGAAGGGCGUAGGAAACGAUCGUUUCAUUGGAUUGGCACAACCUACGAUGUCAAAUGUUUUGAAACUUGUUUUGGGCAUAAUUGAAACAGAAGUCUGUCCGGCCGUCAUCCAGUUUCCAUCCGAAGACAAUGAAAUAAGCGCCAUUAAAUUAGGUUUCUAUGGAAAAACUGGAUUCCCAGGAGUAAUUGGAUGUGUAAAUGGAACCCACGUUAGCAUCAUUCCGCCAGUCCGCAAUAAACAUCUGUUCUACAAUCGCAAAGGCUUUUACAGUCUGAAUGUAAUAUUGGUUUGCGAUCAUAAUUUGAUGAUUCGGUAUCUUGAUGCUAAUCAUCCAGGUUCCUCGCAUGACUCGUUUGUUUGGAAUGGCAGUUCUGUAAAUCAGUUACUGUUACAAAGAUACAAUAACGGGGAGAGGAACUCCUGGUUACUCUGUGAUGCUGGUUACCCUUUGACACCAUUUCUAAUCACUUCUUUCCGUACAGGUGAAAAUACCACAGAACGACAGACAAGGUUCAACGAAAUUCACUCCAAAACUCGAAUCACCGUGGAAAGAGCAAUUGGAGUGGUCAAGAAUACCUUCCGAUGCUUGCUAGCAGCAAGACAGCUGUAUUAUAAACCUGAAAAAGCUACGCAAAUUAUCAACGUUUGCGUAGCCCUACAUAACCUCCGCAUGAAGCAAAAAAUGGAAUACGAUGAACCAGAAUUACCAAAUGGAGAGAACAAUCCAGAACUGCGCGAUGUUGGUAGAAAUGAGAGUGAUGCGAGUAGAAUAAGAGAAGAAAUUAUGAACAACAUUUUAUGA